AUGAACUCGCGCGCUUGCGUGUCUUGCGGCGGCCACGCUGACGCGUUCUGCGCCCGGUGCGGGGUCACGCCGUACUGCGGCCCGCGGUGUCAGCGCCGCGACUGGAUCCACCGGCAUCGCGCCGUGUGUCACAACCUCGCCCGUUUGACUAACGGCGAGGGACAAGAACCUGCUCCAACAUCAGCUCCGGAUGCACCUGUUGUGGAACCAGUUGUGCCACCGGUCGCACCACUACGUCGGCCGUAUUCACCCGCCGGCCAAAAUGUCAAUCGGAAACAGAUGCCUGAACAAGAUACCGAUGACAGGCAACAGAAGAGAUUCUUCCCACCUGGUACGAACGCUAGAUCCGGCCAACACAACAGCAACCGAGGUAGACAGGGUUUCAACAACAGGGGCAACAGGCCCCGGGAUAACAAAUCUCAAGACAGCAGGUCCCAGGACAACAGACCUCAACACAGCCGGGCGCAGUAUAACACCUCCACCAGGAAACCACAGACGCAGCAAGCCACUGAGACAGCAGAAGAGGAAUGGGAUAUUAGUGGAAAACAGCAACCAGAACAAGCAGAACCCAAGAAACAAUCACCAACAGCUGUCAACCAAUCACCAGUGAAACAAAGCCCAGUUAAACAAAAUUCACAGGCAGAUAAACAGGCUUCAUCGGAAGUUAAGCCAGCUGCCGCAGAAGUUAAGGCGGUUGAGCCCGAGAAAAGCAAAGACACCAAGAAAAUCGUGAAACCUGCUACGUUGGACGAUGUUACUCCUGCAAGAAAAAUUGUGCCCAAAAAAUGUGUCAUAGAUCUACUUUCAACUGGUGAUAUAGUGAUGCUAUCGGUGGACAAUAAGGCAUCUGAGUGCAAAUCUAAGAGCCGUGGGUUUGUCUGUCUGUCGCUGCACGAAAAUUACGAGAGUGAAUACCAGGCUCUAUGCGACGAUUACACUGCGGAUUGUGAAGCGGAUACUGCAAAAUAUACACCGAACCCUGGUGAGACAUUCUCCUACCUCAAUCCAGAAGAAGGUGCCUGGUACAGAGCGAGAUGCCUCAACCCAACCCUGGCUGCAUUGAUUGACAGCAGCAAGCUGGUCACCCUUACACCAAAGGACAACUUGAAACGGCUAUCGGAGAAGUAUGCCAACAUCCCAGAGUUCUGCUGCCUGUUAGAAGGUGAUAAAGUUCAAAUGGGAAACAACCUAAAAUGCACCAUAGUGACAAAGGCAACAGAAGUGUGCAAGGUGUCGAUAGAGAAUGCGGAGACUGGGGCUGUGAUCGGUGAGGGCGAGGUGUCCCGGUGGCUGCCCGUGGUGGACUACCCAGCGCCUGCAGCUGCUCCUGUUGCUGCCGGUCCAACAAUUCCUGAGGUGCCACGUCCAGAUGUAGAGAACAAUAGCAAAGUACUGCUGGUGGAGAUGACCGAGCUGAAGCGUGCUUUCGUACGCAGAGCCGAUGCAGCUUCACAGAGGAAAUACGACUCGGUGCUACAUGGGGUGGCUCUGUACGGACAGGAGGCUACACCAAUGAAGGAGCCACCGCAGAAAGGUCAAGUUGUGGUCGCCAAGUUUGUAGAUGGCAUGCAUUACAGAGCUCUCUGUAAGCGAACCAACGUUAAGCAGAACAAGUAUCUAUUGGAGUACAUUGAAUUUGGUAAUAUAGAAAUAGCCACACUAGAGAACAUCUACCCUUGUCCUGCUGAAUUCAAUUUGUCAGCCCAUCCCGCUGAAGCUUCUAUAGUGAGCCUGCAGGGCGGUGCCACUGUACUAACUGAUGCGGCCACUCAAUAUAUUGAGAAGUUAAAGGAUUCUGCCACCGAGUUGCUGCUGACAAUUUGCAGCGGUUCAAAAACUGCCCCAAGCGGCGCAGAAGUGAAACUAACUGUUGCAGAUACAAAAGAAUCUGUUAAUGGUAAAAUAGAAGAACUCUGUACACCGGAUUGGAAAAAACUUGAAAAGAGUGGUGGCGAUGUAGUUGAAACUGCAACAUUGAUGUACAGUGACCUUACAUUUUUGAAGCUACCAGAAACAGGCUGCGAGAUAGAGGUUAUGGACAUAAGUUCGCUAGAAGGCGCCAUAGUGUCCGGAUACAUGAAAGGAGAGCCCCUAGCUAAGAAGAUCCUGGAAGAUCUACCAAUACAAAUGGAGGCCUACUGCAACAGUGAUAUUGGCCGUGAACCAUAUCUGCCCAAGUUCGAGGAGUUGUGCGUUGCCCAGUGUCCACCUUAUCCGCAAUGGUUCCGUGCAGUCCUUUGCGAGCAAGUGAGCGGUGCGGGCGGUGAUGAAGCUCGCGUGUGCUACGUGGAUUACGGCAACGUAGACGUCGUCAGCGUAAACGUAUUACGGAAGAUGCUGCCAGACUUCGUAAAGGAUUUACCCGCACUCUCCGCUCACCUGGAGAUACGAGACUUCCCUAAAGAUCCGACGCAAGAGAUGUUGGCGCGCGCAGUUGAAUAUAUGAAAAUAAAUGACGAAGGUCGGGGAGUCCUGAAAGUGAGCCGCUGUGAGCAAGUAGAACAGGGCUUGUACCUUGUGGACGCUCCGGGCCUCAUUGCAGCCAUGAAGGGAUAG